AGUUUCUUUGGUUGUGUUGGGAUAUACAAGGAGAAAUAGGCAUUAAUGUAGACUCAAGGUAUACAAAAGGAUGGAUUUGCUAAACGACUCAUUUGAUUCCCAGCACCAGGACAAUGAGUUCGACCUGAGCGACAACAUUGUACUUGCAGCAUAUAUAGCAGGGUGUUCAUGUGCAUUUUACGUGGAGACCUAUAUGACUAAAAUACCAUUGCAUACGAAUAUACAAAGUGGGUAUGACUGGGUACAGUAUACAUUAACUGGAAAUGAGGAGAAAUGUCGAAGAAAUUUUAGAAUGUCAAGCCAUGUGUUUGGACAACUAUGUAAUACAUUGCGCCAGUAUGGAUAUAACGGUACUAGAAGAAUUUGCUUGGAAGAGUCUUUGGCAAUGACAUUGGUAGUACUUGGUCAUGCCGAGGUAAUAGAUGGGUACAAGAAAGAUUUCAGCACUCGGGUGAGACAGUGCAUCGACACGUGA